AUGAGUGACAAAACCUUUCACGUAGUUAUGUACCCAUGGUUUGCCAUGGGCCAUCUAAUUCCAUUCCUCCAAAUCUCCAACAAUCUUGCUGAGAGAGGCCACAAAAUCUCUUUUUUCCUGCCAACCAAAGCUCAAGCUAAACUAGAACCUCUCAAUCUUCACAAAGACCUCAUUUCUUUCAUCCCAAUCAGUGUUCCACAUGUAGAUGGCCUCCCUCCUGGUGCUGAAACAACCGCUGAUGUUCCUCUCCCAAUGCAUCCCCUCCUCAUGACUGCUAUGGACCUUACUGCACCCUUCAUUGAAGCUUCUCUUCGUGACCUCAAACCCCAUUUUGUAUUCUAUGAUUUCACUCACUGGUUACCAGCACUGGCACGCCGGCUAGGCAUUAAGUCGGUACUUCAUUGCAUCAUUAGCCCGGCAACUGUAGGGUUUUUGCUAAGUCCAGAAAGACAAAAUGAAGAACCCCUUACAGCUGCUGGUUAUAAGGAACCUCCACCAAGUUUCCCACCUUCAUCGAUCAAGUUAACUCCUUUUGAAAAUCGACAUUUAACCUUUGGAGGGGUGAAACAAUAUGGCCGAGGCAUAACAUUCAUGGAACGCCAAUUGAUAUCUUUCAAUGAAUCUGAUGCGAUUAGUUUCAAAAGUUGCACAGAGAUGGAAGGGCCUUACUGUGACUAUGUUGCAGAACAAUUCAAAAAACCUGUUAUUCUUGCAGGGCCAACAGUGCCUAAGCCACCAACUAUAGCAUUAGAAGAGAAAUGGGCAAAAUGGUUGGAUAGCUUCAAGGCCAAAACUGUGAUAUUCUGUGCAUUUGGAACCGAAUGCAUUUUAAAGAAGGAUCAGUUUCAAGAACUGGUUUUGGGUUUUGAGCUAACAGGCUUGCCUUUUUUGGCUGCGCUUAAAAAACCAAUGCAGGCUGAAACAAUUGACUCUGCAUUGCCAGAAGGGUUUGAAGAGAGAGUAAAAGGAAGAGGGGUUGUUCAUGGGGAUUGGGUUCAGCAGCAAUUAAUACUGAGGCAUCCUUCUGUAGGGUGCUUUGUGACACAUUGUGGGUCUGGUUCUUUAUCAGAGGCCAUGGUGUCUGAGUGCCAAUUGGUGCUGCUACCACACGCUGGGGAUCAAAUUAUCAAUGCAAGGCUGAUGAGUGAAGAUCUAAAAGUGGGAGUUGAAGUUGAGAAAGGUGAGGAAGAUGGGCUAUUUACUAGGGAAGGUGUGUGCAAGGCAGUGAAAGCUGUAAUGGAUGAUGAUAGUGAAGUGGGAAAAGAGGUGAGAGCCAACCAUGCUAAAUGGAGAGAGUUCUUGUCCAGCAAAGGUCUUGAAAACUCCUACAUUGAUAACUUUGUUCAAAAGCUGCACCAUCUGCUCAAAUGA